GGCGAAGGGGAAAAUAGUGCAUUCUGGGCAGGAGAGAGCAGGUACAAGGAAGAGUGCGGCUGGAGCAUAUCAUGGGGAGGAUCACACCUACAGACCCAGGGCCGAAGCCCGCAGGCUGGGUCUAACCGAAGGUAGAGCACAGGCUCCGGGGCCAUCGGGAGAGCAAGGCCCAGGCAGCCGCGCUCCGGAACCCUCCCUCCGGCUAAAGCGGAGACCGGGCCAACCUCUCCUCCGCCCGGCCCGCGGGCCCACCCCACCGCCACACACACACACACACCGCAAAAAGGGAGGCACGGUCUGCCGCGACUUCCGCGCCACUGCCCGGCGGGUUCCUACUUCUCCGGCUCCACACCCCAAACGCUCACGAAGGCGGGCCGAAAGAAAAUAUGCACCAAUCACUAUGUAGACGAGGAGGACGUCUGGUCUCUGGACCAAUGAGAGAGAUGCUGGGCGGGACCGAGGGCGUGGUCUCGUUCCUGGGUUUAAAUCAGGGCUGCCGACCGUUAACGGCAGUGCGGCGACUGGGUGUGUUGCGCGCUUGCGCCGGGCGGAACGCUACCUAGUCGGUCGAGGUCAGAGGCAGCUGCUGUGCUGGGCGAGCCUGCGAUCCCCGGGGAGCUGGGCUGCAGCGGAGGCCUGCGCUCUUUCCCCCGGACUGUAGUGUUCGGAGUUGCGGCUUCCUCUCCCCAGCGGCCGGCUCUGCCAUUCCAGGUUGUAUCGCAUGCACGCAAUGCCCACAGAGGCCAGAAGAGAGUGUUGGAGCCCAUGAAACUGGAGUUAGGACUGUUGGGAGCCACCUUGUAAGCGCAAGGAACCAAAACUGGAUCUUCUGCAGGGGCAACCAGUGCUCUUAACCACCAAGCCAUUUCUCCAGCCCCUAAAUGAGGACAAUUUUUUAAAUGAUUUUUCUUUUCUAGGUUUCAUUGUUUUUGUUAUUAACUCAAGUACUGCCAAUCAAGGCAUGCCCACAAUAAGGUGGCACAAUAGAAGCUAUCCUAACUGAAGGAGUAUUAUCAGUGAUUAUAUUUCACAUUGGAAGUAGAAUCUGGAGAUAAGCUUUUCUUUCAAUGGCAGAAAAAAGACAGCCUUAUGGUGCAGAGGAAGCAUUGGAGCAAUUGAUAGGCCCUUAUGGACAAAAAUGGGCCAGUAUGGAUCCAGAACAACAAAUGUUAGCUGCUACAGCCUUUACACAUAUCUGUGCAGGGAGGGGUGAAGGAGGUAUUAGAGAAACCCAGGCUAACCAGUACUACGAUCCCUACAGUAAAGCCUCAGUUACACCAGGAAAGAGGCCUGCUCUUCCUGUGCAGCUACAGUACCCACAUAUAAGAAGUCAUGUCGCUUCAUCAACAGUUUCAGAGACCUCCCCAAAACUCCGAAAGCCAGUUAUGAAGAGAAAGGUGCUGCGUAGAAAGCCAGGUGGAGAAGUGUUAGUGACAGAUGAGUCGAUUAUCAGUGAAUCCGAGUCUGGCACAGAAAGUGAUUUGGAUCUCUGGGACUUAAGAAACAGGCUUAUGAACCUGCAGUUCCAAGAAGACACAGGACCCCCAGUUGAUGCUUUACAAAAACUUAAUCUACCACAACAUGACUGCCAAGGAAUUUCACAAGAAGAUCAUCAGCUCCUCUGCUAUCUACAAAGAGAAGAAAUGGGCCCUCCAGCUUAUGAGCAAGACUUGAUUGUUGCUAGCAGACCCAAGUCCUUUAUUCUCCCCAGGCUAGACCAGUUAAGCCGAAACCGGGGGAAGAUAGACCGAGUAGCCCGGUAUUUUGAGUACAAAAGGGACUGGGAUUCAAUGCGGUUCCCUGGUGAAGAUCACAGGAAGGAGUUACGCUGGAGUGUCCGAGGUCAGAUGCUUUCCCGUACAGAGCCCCAAUCCAAGCCUCAACACAUAUAUGUUCCAAAUAAUUACCUAGUACCAACUGAGAAGAAAAGAUCAGCUCUUCGUUGGGGUGUUCGUUGUGACCUUGCAAAUGGUGUCAUGCCCAAGAAGCUUCCCUUCCCUCUUUCUCCUUCUUAAGUCUCCUUUUUUUAAAAAAACAAAAAUAAAAACUGUCUUUCCUACUACAGGAUGGUUUAGAAUCAACGUAGUUCUUAAUAUCUCCCUUUAAAUACAAACAACUGACUUGAAAAGCCUUCAUUAGUCUUUCCUAGCUAGCGCUGAUCACAUAGGUAUCAUACACCACUAAUUCCUAAAUUGCCAUUCUCAAAUACAGCAAGCUGGGUCUUCGGAUUUUGUCAAAUUAGUAAGUACUGUUUUGAAAAAGGCUUAAUUAAAAAUAUUUAGAAGUUAAUGAGUUUGAACCUUAUUCUUUAAGUACCUCUCAAAGAUAAUCUCAGUCCUAGCCUAUGAGUCUACCUCUGAUCAACCAAACCCAGCCACGGCCUUUUGUAUACGGUCUUUCAUGGAGUCAGUUGUAAAUACAAAAAUGGACCUAGAUGGGUACAGAUCAAAAUAAUUCUGUUUUAUGCUGCACCUUACAUUCUUGAUACCCCUAAUCCAGUAAGGAAUACCUAAAAUCAAAGUUGCCAGUUUUAGGCAUUAAAUUUAGGCUUGAAAAGUGACAAUUUGCUUGUUCAAGGAAAAAAAAAUUGGCCAUUACUAUCUGCUAAAAUACAUCCUGCGUGUAUUUGAGGCUAUAUAAUUCAUUCACCCAGUUCCCAGUGCUGGUAUGUAUCAGGAAGAAAAACGAACUCCGCUUGUCACUGCAAGUGUAAAUACUGCAAACUCCAGUGGUGAAAUGUCUAAGCUAGUACGAUGCUAACUAAUGGAAAAAGACAAUUAAAUGAGGCAAAUAAUGUUGUAAACCAUGUAGCAAGAUCUGUCAUGUAAAGUACAGGAAAAGGUUAAAGCCCAACUCUAGAAACUUGGUUUAAGGUAACUAUCGGUUUUUUGCUUGAUUUUGUUUAAUGGUUUACCUUUAUCUGGAUUUCAAAGUUCUGAAAGUGAUUAUCUCUGUUUAGCC